AUGGCCUUUCCAUUCUUUAGCUUUUUGCGCCGUCGAAAGGCUCAGAACCAGACCUCUUCCCUGGCGCCCGGAGACCUACAGCGCCGCCCUUUCUCAAAACGACGUCUCUUCUACAUCCUUCUUUAUAUCAUCGCCCUGGUCUUUCUGAUUCUCGUCUUGAUCGGGAAUGUCGGCGAUAAACCCGUGCUUCGAGAAACAUACUUCCUCAAAAUCGACCUCUCUGAGAUCAUACCGCGUUCCGUUCCCGAUGCAGUUCUUAUAAACAGCAUUGCUCGCACGAUUGGACUCCAUGACUUUUACCAGGUGGGUUUGUGGAAUUUCUGCGAGGGGUACGAGGAUGGCUCAGGAAUCACAUACUGUUCUGAACCGAAGAAGAUGUAUUUCUUCAACCCCGUGGAGAUCUUGCUUAGCGAAUUGCUCGCUGGCGCAACGAUUGCGCUACCUGGCGAUGUUACCAAAGCUCUAAACAUCGCGCGCAUCGCAUCCCACUGGAUGUUUGGCCUCUUCAUCACAGCUACAGUCCUAACAUUCAUCUGCAUCUUCCUCGCCCCUCUAUCCAUUUCCACCUCGCCGCUCAAUCCCAGUUUUUCCCCCGUAGCAACGCAGCGAGCCCACUCUGCGAAGAAACGCUAUCUCUUCCCCCUUACGCUCCUCACCUUUGUCACCUUUCUCCUCACCGCUGCAGCAAGCAUUAUAGCUACAGUGAUGUUCACGAUAUUCAAAAUAGUCUUUGUGAAAAACGAGGCUGACCUGAAUAUCCACGCGCAACUGGGAACCCGGAUGCUAGUGUUUAUGUGGAUCGCUGUGGGAAUGACGGCUAUUGGGUAUAUAUUCCAUGCUGCAAGUCUAUGUGCAUGUUGCUGUCGGGGGUUGAGAAAGAGGCGACACGGAGAAAGACGUGCCGGUCUUCAGGAAGAAAAAGGCAUGUUUGGCCGGAGGGAGAAUUCUUCGUCCUCGAGGGGGCUUGGAAAUGAGGCCGACGAGAAGAGAGGUGAUACGAGGCGGAGGUUUCAUAGUUGGAGGAGAAUGAGGGUGGAUGGAUAA